UGAGGCUGGAGAACCUAUCAAAAUGGAAGAAGGAGCUGCCGAAUACGAGGAUAGAACCCCGGUCGAGAGCGAAAGCCCACGGCUGGACCUCCCACAGGUAGGCAACAAAGAGAGGGACAGGGAACUACAGGAGUAUAUGAAAGACUGGACCCACACUCGGUGGCCGGAGCACGGGGAGAUUCCCCCCAGCACUAGCACCCCGAGGCCAGGGUCACUGCCGAGGGUGCACAAGCAAAAAGACAAGAGACUGGGGGAAAUACAGGAGCAGGAGGGGCAUGGGACCAGGGGCAAUCAAGAAGGUCGUAGGAGCGAGAGAGGGCACGAGGGUGGAAACAGAGCACGAGGGGCUCCACAUACCACAGGAGGAGGAAAAAGUGAGCCGAGAGACAAUGUGGGGCGGGUGGUCCGUAUAGAGGGGGAUGUGGUGCUCUCCCCAUAUGCUAUCGAGGAGGAUAAGGAAUUGGAGGGUAGGAUUCGACGGCUAGAGGACGGGAUAUCAUACGGCGUGGGCAAAAUGGAUGAAUUGAAAAAUCUCGCAGGUCAAGCGUUCCAAAUGGCGACUGCUGUGAAAAAUAAGUAUGCGCACAAGCCCCGUUUGGGAGAGUCAAAAUCACAGAGGUCGAGAAGAGCACUGAACCAGUCAGCAGGGAAACAUGUGAAGAGCCUGAGUAAGGCCUCAAAAGUCCUAAUAUAUCACAAGCAGAAGAAGAAGCAAGUGAGUUCAGACAUGGAUCUGGACGAACAAGUGGGGACUGAGAGCGAGGGGACUGACACAGACAACGAAGGAAAAGUUGAACAAGACGUCAGUGAGGAGGAAGACUUGGAGCCUAGAGGAGCUAGAUCACUAUGGAGCAGGGCAAGCCUGAAGCCCCCAGUGAGAUUCGAACCUGGUAUCACAGCGUACUUGGCGCAUGCCCGCUCCCAGUCGGAGCCCAGCCUUACUCAGGUUGGGGGGUCACCCCCAGGUCAGAUGAUGCCCCUCAUGGUUAAAGGAAAAGCCCUACAUUAUGCACCCUGGAAUUUCAUGGACCUAACGGGCCUGAUCCAACGACUACCCAACUUGUGUGAAGGGGGGCAGAAAUGGAUUACACAGUUUGAGGAAAAAACAUCAGGACAGCACCUGGCGAUAGGCGAUAUCAAAGCCAUUCUCUGCCAAACAGUGGGCAAGGGACGGGCUGAAGAAAUUUUCGAUGGGGCAGAACACAGGGAUUUGAUAGACGACCCCAAGGCUGACGCCAUCCCGUUUGGCCUGUACCGACAAGAAAUAUGGGAUGCUGUGAGGAGUAUGUUUCCGGCUAAGAUGGACCCUGGGAAGCUCGAAAAUAUAAAACUGAAAGACGAAGAAAACGUGAUAACCUUCAUACAAAAGUUUCAAGAUAAAUGGAGGGAUGAAACGGGUGCCAAAUGGGACGAUUCAGUGGCAAGUGUGGGACUGUUCAAACUGCUAUUGAAGAAGGCUCUCCCUGGGGAGGUACAGAAGAAGUUAGAGGAAGUGGUGGGGCUCAACGCAAUGGAAUGGGCUUCAUUUCUGGCACAUGUGACCCAUCACGUGGAGCAACACAGAAAGCUGAAAAAAGAAGCUAAAGAUGCCACUGAAACCCUAAUGAGCCAACUCUGUAAGGCACAGCUCGGCGAACUGACCAGGACUAAACAGGAAGAGAAGGAACGGAGGAGGGAGCACAUUAAACAAGCGGCAGUAAUGGUGCCCCAUCCACAAGCGUCAGCCCCAGCACAGGUUGACCCUAUGCUGUUGGCCAGUGGAUACCAGGCCCACCCACAACAGCAAGUCCCACACAUAACUACUAUGCUGCACCCCGCCCAGAUGGAUUACAUAUAUCAUAUGAGGGCCCCCAUGCACCUGGGAAUGACACCUGCCUGGGGGAGGGGAUUCGGGAAACCCGGCGACGUUUGAGGUAGUGAUGAGUGUUCCGCUCCCCCAACCCUGCUCGGCCCAGCUAGCUGAACUACGGGCGUUGACAGCUGCAUGUAAUUUGGGCCGUGAUGAGAGUUGCACUAUAUAUACGGACUCAGCCUAUGCUCAUGGAGUCUGCCAUGUGUUUGGACCAAUCUGGGCUCAAAGGGGAUUCCAGCGGGCAGAUGGGUCCGCCGUGACCCACGGGGAAGCGAUUUCAGAUUUACUAUAUGCUAUGACAUUGCCCACAAAAUUAGCUGUAGUGAAAUGCAGGGCACAUAGGACCGAUGACUCCUUUAUCACUAAAGGGAACUCACUGGCGGAUGAGGCAGCUAAGAAAGCUGCCGUAGGGCCGGGGCAGAUGAUGGCCCUAACUCAGCCUGGGGAAAGUCCGAUGCGGCAUCCGCAGGUAGACAAUGUGGCCCACUUGGUGGAGCUGCAGAACACCGCAGGUGUGGCUGAAGUAUCGGCGUGGAUAAAACGGGGGGCGAGAAAAGAGGCGGGUACUGGAUUAUGGCGCAGCAUAGAAGGAUUGUGUAUAGCCCCAGCCUGUUACCUCCCGCUCUUGAUCAAAGAAGCCCAUGGCUUGGAUCACGCCCAUAGGACCGAAACUAUCCGAAAAAUCCGUCAGGAAUGGUGGUCCCCAUUUCUGGCCAGUAUGGUGGACUAUGCGUUGAAAAGAUGUGAAGUGUGUAUCAAGAACAAUGUGCGAAAGAACUUCACUGCUCCUUUAGGACAUAUUCCCCCGCCGACGGGGCCGUUCCGGCAUAUAAUGAUGGAUUAUGUAGACAUGGGAGCAGACAACCGGAAAGAAGGGAAGCGCUACAUUCUAGUAAUAGUAGACCGCUUCAGCAGGUGGGUGGAGGCAGCUGCGACUUCCAAGGAAGAUGCGAGGGCCGUGGCUAAAUUUUUAUGUCGCGAGGUCAUUCCCCGGUUCGGUAUUCCAGAUUUUCUGAGUUCGGACAACGGCACCCACUUUGUGAAUAACGUCAUUGACAAUGUGGCAUCUGCCUUGGGGAUAGAUCAUAAGCUAGGCUGUGUAUAUCAUCCUCAAUCCCAGGGCAUGGUAGAACGAGUGAACGGUACCCUAGUUAAUAAACUGGCAAAAAUAUGCGAGAGCUCUCGCCUGAACUGGGUACAGGCCUUACCACUGGCAUUGAUGAAGAUGCGUUCACAGACCAAUCGUAUGACGCACUUGACUCCUCAUGAAAUGCUUACUGGGCGCCCAAUGCCUAUGGCGUUCACCCGAGGUCCAUACACAGGGCCAUCUUUGGCACAAUUGGAGGACGAAAUGCAGGAUUAUGUGCGAACCCUCACCAAAAUCCAUAGACAUUUGUAUUCACAGGUUCGUGAGGCAGUCCAUGGAGAGAACGAGGUACGGGAGGACGUGCGCCUAGUGGCACCGGGGGACCAGGUAUACAUUCGUGUUUUCAAGAGAAAGAGCCCCCUUGCGGGACGUUGGGAAGGACCGUUCACCGUGGUUGCUGCAACCCCCACGGCUGUGAAAGUAGAGGGGAGGAAUUACUGGUAUCACUUGAACCACUGCAGCAGCGCCGAACCAGAUCUACUGAACCCUGAGGGGUGAGAAGAAGAUGUGAUGAUCCAUACCCUGGGUGUAAGUGCUAGCCUAACCUCUCCCCAAAGGGUGGCUCUCUACAGUACGUAAAGUGCUUGAGCUGAAGACAACCAGCAUACAGAGAGAUACUGCAUACAACAGACUGUCAAGUAUUGUUAUAAAAUGUUAUAAAAUGUUUGUGAUAUGACGCACUCAGGCAUGAGAAAAGUAUAAUGGUGCUGUCGAGCACAUAGUGCUGGCAGGGUGGGAAUUUUUCCUCGUAGGAGGUUUUUUCGCCCACCCCUGACUGCGAAAGACUGGGGUUUGGUUUUUGAGGGGAAGCAAGAAUCUGCAGGUCCCGACAAAUACAAAACUGUGGGCUGACAGGCCUAGUUGAGAAAGAUAGGGACGUGUAGAUCUAAUCAAGUAGUUAGUUACUGUAGUGGC